GAAUUCACACCUAUAAAUUUAGAACCAUAUCAUAGCAUUAUAAACACCGAAAAACUCCUAGCAAGUCCGAUAGCAAUAUGACAACUCAACAGAAGAGCAAUAUAGCAGACCAUUUGGAGCCAUGGCGCCAAUUGCAAGGCAAAGUGGUGUUUGUCACCGGUGCAUCGGCGGGACUCGGCCGUGAAUUCUGCCUUGACCUAGCUAGGGCAGGCUGUAAAGUCGUGGCAGCCGCUCGUCGGGCGGACCGAUUGAAGUCCCUUUGUGACGAAAUUAAUAUAAUGGCUAGUUCAAAUACUCAUCUUGUUAGAGCUGUGGCUAUUGAACUUGAUAUUACUGCUGAUGGUCCAACUAUUGAAGCAUCUGUAAAGAAAGCGUGGGAUGCUUUUGGCUACGUUGAUGCUCUUAUUAACAAUGCUGGUGUUAGAGGUGGAAUAAAAUCAGCAUUAGAUCUUUCUGAGGAAGAAUGGCGCAAUACUUUAAAUACAAAUUUGACAGGAUCUUGGCUAGUUUCCAAGUAUGUUGGAAGAUACAUGAAAGCUGCAAAAAGGGGAGGCUCCAUUAUUAAUAUUUCAUCUGCUGCUGGUUUAAAUAGAGUUUUAUUUCGUGGGGGUAUUGCCUAUAUCUCCUCCAAGGCAGCCAUGGAUUCCAUUACAAAGGUUAUGACCUAAUGUCCAAACUUAUCUUACCCUAGGGUGCUUUUGGUAUGAAGUCAUUUUCUGGUGUUUGGUUCUUAUAUUCAACACCUAGACAUUAUAAUCUAUUUUUAAUACUCAAAGUUUUAAGCACACACUGAGUUGCUAUAUUUUUAUCGAACUUUAAUAAAUGAUUGUUUCUUUAGAAAAUAUUUUCAACUCUCCAACCAGAAGAUAUUUUGU